GUAAAAAGUUCCUUGAAAGGCCCCCAUUGCGCCAAGAGUUACAAGUCUUGGCACUUUCACACAAAAUUGUCUUGGGUGCACUCGCAGCCUCAACACCUACAAUCUGUGCGAUCCCAACGACGACAAACUCGACCUCUCCUCCUCCGACAAUCCGCCAAACUCGACAACACAACAGCCACCAUGGGUCGUCUUCACAGCAAGGGAAAGGGUAUCAGUGCUUCGGCCAUCCCAUACUCGCGCCGCGUGCCCACGUGGUUCAAGAGCACCCCGGAGACGGUCGUCGACAACAUCUGCAAACUCGCCAGAAAGGGUGCCACUCCUUCUCAGAUCGGUGUUGUCCUUCGAGACAGCCAUGGUGUCGCCCAGGUCAAGGUCGUCACUGGUAACAAAAUCCUGAGAAUCCUCAAGUCAAACGGUCUCGCCCCGGAAAUCCCUGAGGACCUCUACUUCUUGAUCAAGAAGGCCGUCGCCGUCCGCAAGCAUCUCGAGCGCAACCGAAAGGACAAGGACUCCAAGUUCCGUCUCAUUCUUAUCGAAUCCAGAAUCCACCGUCUCAGCAGAUACUACAAGACCGUUGGUGUUUUGCAACCCAACUGGAAGUACGAGUCCGCCACCGCCAGCACCAUGGUCGCAUAAGCGAGUGUUCCUAUGGACAUGGAUGUUUGAGAAAGGCAAAAAAGAAGAGUCACACCCGCUUCGCUGUGUGGUUGGGUUAGCCCAUGGCGACUGGGGAGGAUUGAAUGCGGAGAGUCCGGAUGACAUGAAAAACGUGGCACAAGCCUACGCAUAUUUUCUGCAUACUCGCAUCAUCAAAUGCGAUGCCUAAAAUAGGUUCAAGGGUCCCUGGAAGGGAGCUCUGAAUGGAAAUGUGAAUCCAGCGUGACAAUCAUCUUCAACACCUACUUUGGUCAUCUCAAGUCUGCCGGAAUUUCUUGUUGGACUUGUUCUGGUUUGUUUAUGUGCAUUCUGUUUUGGGUCUUUUUGCAUAGUAAUGUAAGCGCUGUUGUGCUAUCAGAAUAUUGCGCAGGCCGGUCUUUGCAUGCUCCCUGAUUUGGAGAUGGCCAUACUCUCGUCAUGCACAAGACCAUGUAAAAGAAUAUGCUGAGCCUCAGGUGGGAACGAUCAGGACCCAGCAGCUAGAACUCAUGGGUGAAUUUUCCAAGCCAUAACGGCCUGGGCACGUUCCUCAGUCGCGACAGGCCUGAUAGACUGGGGCGGGAUUGAACGCUGCGCAUGCUGGAUAAGCGCCAAAGGAGGACUCAGACUGUAGCAGGGUAUCUUGACCACCAAACCAAGCAAACGCCGACGCCAUCGCUGUAGAAAUGCCGCUAUGCUUUC